UUGGAGUGAGAGAAAGAAAAGGGAGGCAGUGAUGGAGGGAGAGAAAGAGAGGAAGUUGGUGAGUGUGCUGCACGGUGGUAUGAUCGUAACGAUGGACGAGGAAAAACGAGUGUUUAGGGAUGGCGGCAUCGUGAUCGAACAAGAUAAAAUCAAAGCCAUUGGCCAAUCUCACCAUAUUCUUGCUGAGUUUGCUCAUGUUGCCGACCACGUUCUCGAUCUCACCGGCCAUAUCUUGCUCCCUGGAUUGAUUAACAGCCACGUUCAUAGUUCCCAACAACUAGCUAGAGGCAUAGCUGAUGAUGUUGACUUAAUGACAUGGUUGCAUCACCGCAUUUGGCCUUACGAAUCCAACAUGACAGCACACGAUUCUUACCUCUCUACUUUGCUUUGUGGGAUCGAACUCAUUCACUCUGGUGUAACCUGUUUUGCUGAAGCUGGUGGCCAACAUGUUUCUGGGAUGGCUAGAGCAGUCGACUUACUGGGUUUGCGUGCUUGUUUAACCCAGUCAACCAUGGAUUCUGGCCAUGGUUUGCCAUCAUCCUGGGCCACUCGAACUACUCAUGAUUGCCUUCAGUCUCAAAAGGACAAUUAUGAGAAGCACCACAAUACAGCCCAAGGGCGCAUCAGAGUCUGGUUCGGAAUUAGGCAAAUCAUGAAUUCUACCGAUCGCUUGCUUCUUGAGACAAGAGAUGCUGCCAGACAACUCAAUACUGGAAUACAUAUGCACGUUGCAGAGAUACCAUAUGAGAACCAACUAGUCAUGGAUAUUCACAAAAUAAAUCAUGGAACUGUUACAUACUUGGAGAAGAUAGAUUUCCUUCAAAACAAUCUGUUAGCAGCUCACUCAGUUUGGGUUGAUAAUAAUGAGAUAUCUCUUCUUUCAAGGGCAGGUGUCAAAGUGUCUCACUGUCCUGCUUCUGCAAUGCGAAUGCUCGGAUUCGCACCUGUGAGGGAGAUGCUUGAUGCUGGCAUCUGUGUCUCCUUGGGAACUGAUGGGGCCCCAUCAAACAACCGCAUGAGCAUUGUUGACGAGAUGUACCUAGCUUCUCUAAUUAACAAAGGACGGGAAGUUUAUGCUAAUGGAACUACAGACCCAACAGCAUUGCCUGCCGAUACUAUUCUUAGAAUGGUUACAGUUAAUGGUGCCAAGUCGGUACUAUGGGAUGAUGAACUAGGUUCUCUUGAGGUUGGGAAAAAGGCUGACAUUGUUGUAGUCAAUCCUUCGUCUUGGUCUAUGGUUCCUGUUCAUGACUGUUACUGUUCAACCAAUGUGCAGCAUUUCCAGCUUAGUAUAUUGCAUGCGAACAGAAAAUGUGGUCUCUGUCAUGUGCAAUGGCCAAUGGAUAAUGAAGAACAAGAAGAUUAUAAAUGUGGACGAGGUAUUUCAUUGAAGAAUUUUUCUUCCGUGUGAGAGGCUUGAAAGUGAAGAAGUUAUUUUGAAGGCACAACAGGCUUCUGUUGAACUUCUGAAGAGGGCAGGCAUAGUAUUACCAACUAGAAUGAACGUCAUUUGAUUGUUGUUUCGUCGUAAGUGUAGUCUACGAUGAGCAUUUGAUGUAAUACCAGUGAUAACGUAUAAUACUGUUAGCCAAAAUCUAAUGAACUUGUCUUCGAGAAGUGUCAGCUGCUUGAUGGCCUAUGACAUUGGGCUAGAGUGCACGAGUGACCGUGUUGCGUUGGCAUAUCCAUGUAAAAUAAACCAAUAUUAGCAUCCAAAGUACCCAAU